AUGUCGGCUAUCGGAGCUCUGCGCGAACUGGAGAAGGAUAAGAAACGACCCAACAAUGCUGGACUCGUGAAUCUAUUCAUGAACCUGCCGACCCGCAUUCGUCAAUCGGGCCCCGUGAAAGGCGGCAUCAACUUUGCGAUCAAGAGCUGGAAGACUUCUGGCCGGUGGUUGUGGGUCCUUUCGACGACGUUGCUAGUGACGCUAGUGCCCCUCAGCAUCGAAAUGCUGCGUGAGGAGCAGACGAAUGAAGUGGUAAAGGAGCUCGUGAGCAAGGGCUUUAGUUACAACCAGAUCCAAGGAAUGGGCUAUAUGGUGUCGCAGCCGGACAGUACUCUCGCAGCGCCAGCUGGAGCUGUGAAGCAGGGCGUAGCGGCAUCGUCUUUCAGUCGUGCAGUGCGUCGCAUGCUGUACAUUCUGCAGUUUUACAACGUUUUUUCACAGAGCCCGACGACAUUGGAACUUGGAAUUGUCAUGUGCCCGUGA